GUUGAAAGCUUGUAUCCCGAAGAAAUGGGACCAAAUAUAAUGCAUGUUGAAGAUUUUUUGGUGAAUGGCCUUCCACUGCUUGAUAAAGGCAUCCAAGAGAAGGUUGAAAGGGCUUCUUCAAAUGGCAAUGUGCUCCGUUAUGUUUGCGUGAUUGAGGACUCAAGCAGAGCAGCAGCCAUGUGGGUAGAUGAGCAAGAUGGGGAAGCAAUUGAGCUUGCCUUCAUGUGGGUAGAUGUCAUGCAGGUUAUGACAACAAGACAGAGGGUAACAAUUGAGUAUCAUGGCAAUGGUUAUAUUUUCACUGUUAAUCAGGCUGGUGUGGAGGGGCAAGUAAAAUCAAACAGUAUGGAAAGAGGGAUGAUUUCGCUUGACACAUAUAUUGUCUUUCAAGCAUCGAACUCCAGUGGAAUGAAGAUCGUCAAUGGGCUUGAAGUGUUAAGCAAAUUUGUUGGUGAAACUGAGAAGAAUGUGAGAGAUUUAUUUGCUGAUGCUGAACAGGACCAGAGAACUCAAGGGGAUCAAAGUGACUUGCAUGUUAUCAUAUUUGAUGAAAUUGAUGCAAUUUGUAAGUCAAGAGGUUCAACUAGAGACGGUAUUGGAGUUCAUGAUAGCAUUGUCAACCUGCUCCUAACAAAGAUGGCGUUGAGUCACUGAACAAUGUUUUGCUGAUUGGGAUGGGGCCAU